UCUUCCAAAUUCCAAACUCACAUCUCUUCUAUUUGUGUAUUUCUCUCUUCGUUUGCUUUUAGAUCUCCAAUAUAAUAACAAGGAAACAUGAGGAGAAACUGCAAUCUUGAACUCCGUUUGUUUCCGUUCCCCGAUUCCGAUGACGACCACCGCCGAUAUUUUGUGGAUGAGUCCAAUAAAAGCCCACAAGAUGAAGAACAACAACAACGAAAGCUUCAGCAGGAGCAGCAAAAGUUAACUAUUUUCUACAAUGGCAACAUUUGCGUUUGUGAUGUUACAGAGUUACAGGCUAGAAAUAUCCUGAUGCUGGCCAGUAGAGAAAUGGAUGAUAAAAUAAGAAGCGCGAGUGGAUCGCCGGAACCGACAUCGCCGACAUUGUCAUCUCCGGUUUACAGUCCGAACAAUGGUCUAUCGAUGAAGAGAUCGCUGCAAAGAUUCCUUCAGAAGAGAAAUCAUCGGAUCCAAGCAACAUAUCCGUACAAUAUAAAUGGAAGACGCGAAUAUAGGCUGGAUGGUUGAUGGACUUUAACUGCAAAUUUUUUCAAUUUUCGUAACGAAACAAUAGUUCAUUAGCACAUUUAGAGUAAUCAAGGAUUCUAAAGCUUGCAUUAUCCUUUAUUAUAUAUGUGUAAUUACACAUUUAUUUAUUUAUUUAUUUAUGCAUCUUUAAUAUUAAGUCGAUUUUCUA